AUGUCGGGUGGCAAAGGAAAAGGAGGCAAGGGAAAGAGUGGUGGAACUCGUACGGCCAUGUCGCACAGUGCGCGUGCGGGUCUGAACUUCCCUGUCGGACGUAUUAAGCGUUUCUUGAAGCGAUCGGUCCAGAAUAAGAUUCGUGUCGGAGCGAAGGCUGCUAUUUAUUUGGCCGCGGUUAUGGAAUACUUGACCGCUGAGGUCCUGGAAUUGGCUGGUAACGCCGCCAAAGAUUUGAACGUCAAGCGUAUUACUCCUCGUCAUCUUCAGCUUGCCAUUCGUGGCGACGAGGAGCUGGACACUCUGAUUCGGGCAACUAUUGCCUACGGUGGUGUUAUGCCGCACAUUAACCAGAACCGUUUGCUCAAGGUCGAGUUGUCAAAGAGCUCUAAACACUCUGCUCAGUAG